GCUUACGUGACAAUUCUCACCAACGAUGCUUUCUGCAAAGGAGUGUUGGUUAUGCACUACACGCUCAAGCUCACCAACACGUCCUAUCCUCUCAUCUGCCUUGCAACUCAGCAAGUCUCCGAGGGUUGUCGUGAGCUCAUCACAGGAGUUGGGAUGCGGCUGAUCGAUGUGCAUGCGAUCGCCAACCCGAACGCACAUCACAAGCAGCAUUUUCGUCAUGUCUAUUCGAAACUGCAUGUCUUCGGACUCACCGAUUUCGACAAGGUCGUGUACCUUGAUGCCGACAUGCUCGUUCUGCGAAACAUCGACCACCUUUUCCAGUAUCCCUCCUUGUCUGCAGCCCCAGAGAUAAACCCCCCAGCCCUGUUCAAUUCCGGUCUUAUGGUCUUGAAGCCUUCCCACACGCUUCUCCGCAAGCUCAUGCAGCUUGCAGCUCUGAUUCCGUCCUAUGACAAGACAGAUCAAGGGCUCUUGAACGAGUUCUUUGCA